AUGAGAAUUAAGAUGCCAGCUGUACGCAUCGCGCAAGCGGAUGCGGACAGCGCGGCGGAGGGGGGAGGGUCGCCCACUCCGGGCGUGCCCGCCGACACUCUCACCUGCGGCGCUUGCCGGCGAGCCUUCGCCCUAGCGGACAUUGUGCGUUUCAUCCAGCACAAGGUCUCGUCCUGCGAUAAGGACUUGACUUCGUACCACUGCUAUAGCGCCGGACCUAACUCUGAUCAAGAGGAUGGCUCAAGGUCAGGCCAAGUGGCCACUGCGAACUCGAGUGGACGGAGGCCCUCUCUCCUUACGGCCAGGAGGCCACCGAACAGCAGAGUACAUACACCGCCUCUUGCUAGCCCAUCAAUAGCGCCGCCUGAUCUACUCGAAGACGGUGGAGCUUCUAGCACACCGAAGCGAUUGCUGGAUGAAGCUGACGCGGGGGCUUCAACACCGAAAAGAAGAGCAUCGACUUCGCCAAUGCCUUCAAGUUCGCCAGAUGAAGACAUAAAACCAAAAAUCAAACAGGAGCACAUGGACACUUCAGGCUCCCUUGAGGACCAAAAGAAGUCAAGGACAGAAGUAGCUGAUGCAGAAUCUAAUACAAUGCAUAGCGAACCGAGCAACUACGUCUGUUCAACGUGCAAAGCGCGCGUGCAUUCUGCAUGGAGGCUGCUUCAGCAUGUUCAGCACGUGCACGGAGUCAAAAUCUACGUUGAGAGUAUGCCACAACCCCAGAACAAGCAGAAUCACUCGUCGUCUAGUACGUCCUCAUCGAGCUCCGGGUGUUCUUCUACCGGUGCCCCAUUACCGCCACCUUCGCUGCGUCACCACCCCUUGCUUCCACCUCCAGACAUGCACUCGCCGUUUGGAGUUGGUGGUCUCCUCCGGAUGCCGUUACCCGGCAGCCUACCACCACUAGCCCACCCAUCGGUGCCGCCGGCACCAUUGUUCGCGCGGCCCAACCACCAUGACCAUCGCUUUCGAAUGGAGCAAUUGGUUUCGGAGCAGUUUCGACAUCAUGGCCUCAAUCUGGCAGCGGCAGCAGCAGCUGUAGCGGCGAACUCGCUACCACCCCACCAACCAUUCCCGUCACCAGCAGAUCGCUCCCCAGCGAUACCGACAUCACUCACGGCUCGGGACCGACCACCAGUAUCACAACCUCUAUCACUUGAACCCCAGCUGGAUUUUUACUCGCAGCGCUUGCGGCAACUGGCCGGUACGACCAGUCCAGGGGCGGCCACAGGCAAUUCGAGCUCUCCUAGCCCCAGGAAGCAUUCUCCGCCGUUCGCUUCCCCGUCGCCCUCCCGAGUCGGCCAGACUCCACCGGCGGGCGCCGGACCCGGAACGGUGGACGCGCCUCGAGAAGCCACGAGGCCUCACACUUCGGUUUCCCCCGAAAGGCGGACCGAGCCCCAGGCGGCCGACGCGCCACCAACAGAACGCAUGACCCCGCCUGUGAAACGCAAUAAUGACGAAGCAGUGCACACUUGUGAAUUUUGCGGUAAAAAGUUCCGAUUUGAAAACAGCUUGAUGGCUCAUCGUCGAUCGCAUACGGGUGAAAAACCUUUUAAAUGUACCGAAUGCGAUGAGGCUUUCGAAAAGGCGUCGAAACUCAAGCGUCACAUGAAGGUCCACCGAGCGGCCGACGCGAAUGCCGAAGAGGGUGAGUCUGGUGGUGAUACUGGAGACGAUGAUACGGAAGAUGAAUUGGAAGAUGAAGAGUUAGAUGGAGAGGAAGAAGAAGAUAAUGAAGAUGGCGAAGAUGUUGAAGAAGCAGAAGAUCUAACAGUCUCAAAUAGCAGCGCACCUUCCGCACCCACUCGUAAACAAACCCCAGCGAUACCUGCUCACCCACCGUCCGCAUCUGUAGUUGGGGAGCUGAUGGACAAAUUUGGACUUUCAAAUAUCGCGCAAUACAGCGAAGCUUUUAAACAGGCUCUGCAAGAAUCAGGGAAUUCACUUAAGUGGCAGCUGGCGAAAGAUCGUGACAAUAAUAACGGCCCUCCGUCUGAUAAACCAAACGGAAUGCCACCCACCGCCGCCUUGCGCUUAAAGGAAGAAUUUGCCAAAAUGCCGCCACAACACCAUCCGCUGUUCAACCCUUUUGAGAACCCUUUCGAGGCGUCCAAACGGAUGAAGCUUGAUAUGGAAAGGGGUGAAGGCUGGUGGCUGCCAACACUACACGCACAACGGCCGCCGGAGAACAUAUUCGACGGCCUUAAGAACAGCGGGAAUGGAUUAUUACAAAACUCCUUGCUUAAAACGAAGGACGGUCGACGGAACGACACCUGCGAGUUCUGCGGGAAGGUGUUCAAGAACUGCUCGAACCUGACGGUGCACCGGCGGUCGCACACCGGCGAGAAGCCGUACAAAUGCGAACUGUGCUCGUACGCUUGCGCGCAGAGCUCUAAACUGACCAGGCACAUGAAGACGCAUGGCAGGCUGGGUAAGGACGUGUACCGGUGCCGCUUCUGCGAGAUGCCCUUCUCGGUUCCGUCGACGCUGGAGAAGCAUAUGCGCAAGUGUGUCGUGAAUCAGAGCAACGGUGCGGCCCUCGCUCUGUCCGACGACUCCAACGCCUGCCGCGACGAGGCGUCG